AUGGUCCCUCACUACUUCAAUGCGUGGAACGCCUACAUCCAUAAUCUCGAGGAUGUAGGUCGUGACGUUUGGAACGACAAACUUAUCAAAGCUCGUGAUAAGUUUGAAAAGCGAACCCCGACAGGUGCACGCUACAAGCUGCAUCGUCUGUCAAGGGAGAAAGGAUUACCCUGCCUCUCUUGGGGAGACUCGUGCCCAUGUUGUGUGAACAACUCUGCACGAGCACCUAAGGAGGCUUACCUCCUUACCAGCCCGUGGUGGCGCGUACGUGUCUCUACUGAGAUGUACGAAGGGAUUGACAACCUGAAAUCCCUUUACGACCGUGCCGGGAAGACUUUCUCCGGCGGUCCUUCUGCGGCACAGGAUGUGCCGCGUCGUACUGCUCAACCAGACCCAGUACGUCAACCAUCAGUUGGGAGCGGAGCUCCCAAGUAUAUCAGGACGGGGGAUAGCCGCGCCACCGGACGAGAUAACUCGUCCGACGCCCGUUCACGUCGCGGUGGUUCAACAGCUGCUAAACUAGAUAGCGCUGGCCACCGCGAGAGUCCUCUAAUGGAGGUGGAGGAGGAGGAAAGACGCUCUCCAAGCUAUCGUGGGGGAGCGUGUGUCUCCGAGAGCUUCAUUGAUCGCGUUAAUUUUGCGUUACGCGACGACGUCGAGCAUGAGCGGGACAGGCGUCUUUAA